UCUCCAGCAGGCUUUGAGGAUGAAGGCCGCGGGUAUUCUGACCCUCAUUGGCUGCCUGGUCACAGGCGCUGAGUCCAAAAUCUACACGCGCUGCAAACUGGCAAAAAUAUUCUCGAGGGCUGGCCUGGACAACUACUGGGGCUUCAGCCUUGGAAACUGGAUCUGCAUGGCGUAUUACGAGAGCGGCUACAACACCACAGCCCAGAGGGUCCUGGAUGACGGCAGCAUCGACUACGGCAUCUUCCAGAUCAACAGCUUCACGUGGUGCAGACAUGGAAAGCUGCGGGAGAACAACCACUGCCACGUCGCCUGCUCAGCCUUGAUCACUGAUGACCUCACAGAUGCGAUUAUCUGUGCCAAGAAAAUUGUUAAAGAGACACAGGGAAUGAACUAUUGGCAAGGCUGGAAGAAACACUGUGAGGGCAGAGACCUGUCCGACUGGAAAAAAGGCUGUGAGGUUUCCUAAACUGGAACUGGACCCAGGAUGCUUUGCAGCGAUGCCCUAGGAUUUGCAGCGAAUGUCCAAAUGCCUGUGUCAUUUUGUCCCGUUUCCUCCCAGUAUUCCUUCUCAAACUUGGAGAGGGAAAAAUAAGCUAUACUUUUAAGAAAAUAAAUAUUUCCAUUUAAAUGUCUUCA